UAAUUUCUUCUUGGCCACACCUGCAGGCCUUACCGGAGCUGCUCAGUAAUUCGUCACCGGCGAUCCUCAUUCCCCUCCGAGCAGCUGGUCGACCUCAGUGGCCGCGGCCCCACUCCGAUCUCUGGACAGUAGUCGUCUUUCGCUCUCCCUCGCCGUCCUCCUUCGGGCAUUUCGACUUCGUCUCAUGGACUGGAAUUUCGUAAGCAAAACUUGGGACAAGUGGGUGACUGGCAAUGUCGGCUCCUCCGGGCAACCCCUGAAGGCUGCUUUGCUGCUCAACUACGACCCAACAGGACCGUCUCGUCUGUUGUCUACCAUAUUGAAGUGUGAAGGCAUGCAAGCAGAUCCUAUCGAGCUGAGUCAAUUCAUUGAUUUUGUCAACCGUGGAAAGCUGCAGAUGGAGACCUUCUUCAUUGGGCCAAACCAAUACAUGAUUACAUCCAUCCAUGAGAACUGGUUUUCUGCGAGAUGCAUAGACACGUCGACCCCAGCUGGUGAAGGUGCUGUAGUUAUGCAGACAGCAGCUUUCAUCGUGGUGGCACUGUACGAUGGCUCAGUUGGUGCAGCAUCGCGUGCCGUGGUAGCAGCUGAUCAAUUCGCGUGGCAGUUGAGUCGAAGGAAUCUGUAACCCUUUCUACCAGAAACACGAAAGUUGACUAAUUCAGUCUUCCUUGCAACCCAGUCUUUCCUGAUAGCCUUAUGGGUCCUGAUGUAGAUGCUGGGGGAUACCGACAAGGUUGUGAGGAGCGUGAUGGUUAGCCUUUUUCAGUUCAGGGUAAUGUGAAGCAGCCUCGCCUUUCAUGCUUUGGGAUCUAUAGAAGUUUUACUGAGCUUGUUAAUGCUGGAUCUUAUUUCAGAGAAUUAUCUACAAGAUUGUGCAUUGGUGAUGCCUGUAACAAAUCUAAUCAAUAGUCACCAAAACCUUUGCUCCUUGUGAAUUGGCUGCUCAAAUCGGAGUGCAUAUCCUGUCGAAUUUGAUAUUUGAAUAUUUCCCAAAGUGGUGUUCAGUU